GGAAGAAGUAAGCAGGUCCUGGCAGGGGAGAGGAGUGGUGGCAGCUGCUCGUGUAUAGGUGGCUCCAGAGGGAUGGAGCCUGGAGUCUCGGAAGCCGGGACCAGCGAGGAUGGGCGCUCCUCGGGUGAGGGCCGAACAAGCGGUGGUGCGGCUCUGGGGUGCUCAGCCCCGUCCUUAGGAGCUGCCCGGUGGAAGCUUCUCCGGCAGGUUCUGAAGCACAAACACCUGGAUGAUUGUCUGCGACGUGUAUCCGUAAGAAGAUUUGAAUCGUUUAAUCUGUUUUCAGUAACAGAAGCCAAAAAAAGGGAAACUGAAGAGGAAUUUGGUGCAUGGGUCCAGUAUACAAGUGUCUUCUACCCUGAAUACAGUAUUUUCUUAAGGCAUAAUAGUGGAUCUUUGAAUAUUGAAGAUGUUCUUACCAGCUUUGACAAUACAGGAAAUGUUUGCAUCUGGCCGGCCGAAGAGGUUUUGGCUUACUACUGCCUCAAGCACAGUGAUGUAUUCAGGGACCUUGCUGUGUGUGAGCUAGGGGGUGGCAUGACAUGCUUGGCUGGGCUCAUGGUUGCUAUUUCUGCAGAUGUCAAAGAAGUUCUGUUAACUGAUGGGAAUGAAAAGGCCAUCAGAAAUGUGAGAGACCUCAUCGAAAGGAAUCAGAAGGCUGGUGUAUUUAAGACUCAGAAAAUAUCAAGCUGCGUUUUACGAUGGGAUAAUGAGACAGAUGUCUCUCAACUGGAAGGACAUUUUGACAUGGUUAUGUGUGCUGACUGCCUGUUUCUGGACCAGUACAGAGCCAGCCUUGUUGAUGCAAUAAAGAGAUUACUCCAGCCCAGGGGGAAAGCAAUGGUAUUCGCCCCACGCCGAGGGACCACUUUAACCCAGUUUUGCAAUCUAGCUGAAAAAGCUGGUUUCUCUAUCCAAAGACAUGAAAAUUAUGAUGAACACAUUUCAAACUUCCACUCCAAGUUGAAAAAGGAAAACCAGGAUAUGUACGAUGAAAACCUUCAUUACCCACUUCUUCUUAUUCUAACCAAAAGUGGAUAGAAGAUUAAGCUGCUCAAAAGAUGAAGAAACAUCAAGUGCAGAGGGGAUAUUUAACAAAAACAGAAAUCCGUAGUGGGUAUAACAUGCAGUGAACUACUGGCUCCCUGAGUCUUGCCAGCCCCCAGGCCCUGGGCCCCCGCCACCCUUGCGACGUUCCACGUGUGGAUGAUGGAGUCCCCCAGCCCUCACCCACAUUAUUCCCAGCCAUCCUCGACACCUCUUUUUUCAGUCUGCUUGUUGCUCUUCCCGCACCAAACCUUUGUUUGUCUCUAAAUGUCUGGAAACAGCCUGUCUGAGAUUUGAAUUGGACUUGUGAGCAACCUAAAAAUGUUUACAUCUCACUGAGACAAAAUUUCUUUUUGCGAUUGCCACCCCCCUUUUAAAAAAUAUCUUGG